AUGUGGCCCUUCCUGAGUCGGGCUCUCUUCCCGCCCCCCACGGAGGCCUGGCUCCAGACGGUCUCCUCAGACCCCGAGGCCCAGGGCUGGGGGGCCUGGGGGGACACCGAGAAGACCCCUCUGGGGCCAGGGGAUGGGGGUGGGGAGAAGGAAGAAGAAACGGAGGAAGACCAAGGUGAAGACGCAGGCUUCCCGCUGUGCCUGCUGAAGUGGGAGCACCUGGCCGAGUGCCCAGUGCCUGACCAGGAGCUGGAGGCCAUCAGGCUGAAGCUGUGCGCCAUGGAGCAGGCCGCCUGGCCGCCGCCGCCACCCAGAGCACAGGCUGGGACCCGAGAAGAGGGGGCCACAGGGGCCGGGCAGCUGCUGAGCCCUGAGAUGCCAGGCCGCCCCUUCCCUGGGACCCCCAAGGAGAAGGCGGAGGCCGACCACAGAUCCGUCUACGUGGGCAACGUGGACUACGGGGGCACGGCGCAGGAGCUGGAGGCCCACUUCAACCACUGCGGGGACAUCCACCGAGUCACCAUCCUGUGCGACAAGUUCUCCGGACACCCCAAGGGCUACGCCUACAUAGAAUUCGCCUCCGAGCGCUCUGCCCGGGCGGCCGUGGAGCUGGACGACAGCAUCUUCCGAGGCCGGGUCAUCAAGGUGUUGCCCAAAAGGACCAACUUCCCGGGGAUCAGCUCCACGGACCGUGGGGGCCUGCGGGGGCACCCAGGCUCCAGGGGGGUGCCCUUCCCCCACAGCAUCUUCCAGGGCAGGCUCCGGUUCAGACCCCACGGGCAGAACCGGGGCCGAGGAAGGUUCUUACCGUGGUUCUCACCGUACUGA